GAAGAAAUCGAAAGUAUAAAAUCUAUCGAUAAUAAUGCCGACAAACCGUAUUAAAAUAGCUCCACUACUGGUACACGACAAACAGCUGAUUACUUGCCAUUGUGAAUUCUUGCAUUUACCUUCUUCAUUGUUUACAAAAAAUCUGCGGAAAAUAGGUAGCCACCAAAAUUUUCAAUAAUACAGUAUUUUUUACAUAAAUAUGAGGCCAAGAGAUAAUGAAGAGUCUUCAAGUGACUCCGAUGAUGGAAACGAUGAACAAAUGCGUCAAUUCCUGGAAGCAGCGGAUACCACAUUGCUUACGAACACAAUGUAUCAAAUGCCCUUAGUGGAGCAUAGCGUCGAAGAAAAUAUAACUGAAAGUCUGGAAAAAGUGGAAGAAAUCGUAAUAGAGAGAAAAGAACAAAAAUCUAAUCGCUAUUUAUUGGAGGAAAGUGCUAAAGAUACUGCCGAAUUUAUAGCAACCGAUGCAGUAAAAAAGCACGUCGCAAAAAAACUUUCCGAAAUAAUUGCGCGAAAUGUGGAGUUUUUCAAUGUUGACACGCCGACAAAAUUUCAAAAGCCGGGAAAGAGUCGUAUAACAUUAAUUGCAGGUGCAGAUUGUUAUGUCAAAUCAUAUGAAGAAUUUGAAUAUGAGACGGAAGGGCCCACGAAGCGGCCUGUUAUUAAAAGAAGAAAGAUUGAUGCAGAAGAAACUGAAACUCCACAAGAACUUAUUGCAUCAGCCGCUGUAAGUGUUGAGGACGUUACCAGUGGAAGGCUAACAGCAGGUUGGCAGCCAAGGAAAGAGCGAAAAGACAAAGUUUUUUACUACAAAUCCGAUUCCGUUGGCACUUUACACUCCAAACCUGCUGAUAAUGAGUUUACCAAACAACGCAAAAAAAAUCAGUGGAAUGAAUCUAAAAUAAAGUUAAAAAGAAAAACUACUACGAGUUGA